UCGUUUUCAACUCUUGAAAUGCAGCUUCACACUUUUUUGUCCAUACAAGAGGUUUGUCCUUCUUCAUCAGGUACCAUUCCAACGCAGAUAGGAGCUCUUCAAAAUCUCAAUUAUUUGAACUUGUUUCAUAACAACUUUUUAUUUGAUCAAAAAUAACCUAAGACAUACAUUUGCAAUUAAAAGGAAUGUGUUUUGAUUUUGACAGAUCCAGUUCCAACUCAAAUAGAAGAUCUUCCACAACUCACAUAUCUAAACUUGUCUUACAACAAUAUUGUUUCAAGGAAUGAGCAUGCAUUGCUUCAAAGCAAAUGGUGGCUCCCACUACUAUUGUGACUGGGAUGGCAUAUCAUGCGAUGGCUUAGGAAGAGUUAUCUUAAUUAACCGACCAAGAAUCUAUUCACAGCAUCCUCAGCUAGCAGAUCUCAACUUCACUGAAUUAGAAAGACUAAAAUACUUAAAUCUUUCUAGAAUGGGGAUAACAGGUAUCAUUCCAACUCAUAUAGGAGGCCUUCAAAAUCUCAAUUAUUUGGACUUGUCUUGCAACAACCUUUCAGAGCUUGCAUACACCUUAGUUGUUACUGAAAAAUGCGAUGUUUAUAGUUUUGGGGUGGUGACAUUAGAAACAAUUAUGGGAAGACAUCCUGGAGAUUUGAUAUUAUCUUUGUCAAAGACCUGUACAGAAAGCAUUUUGCUUAAGGAUAUUCUAGACUCACGUCUCCCUUUGCCAUCACAGAAAGAUGCAAGAGAUAUAACUCUUUUGGUGACAAUAGCAUUAGCAUGCUUGAACCCAUCUCCCAAAUCUCGACCAUCAAUGCAACAGGUGUCUCGAAGGCUUUUAUCUUCCAGCCUUCCAUUAGCAAUUCCUUUCAAUAAUAUCUCAAUCCAACAUUUAGCAAAUGAAGAUAUGCCAAUAAUGUAAUAAAAAGCUUGGAGAUUUGGCUCAUUGUUUGCUUUGUACCUCAUAUGAAACUUUUAACGACUUGCUUCAAAGUCUAGAUUUAAAAUAUGCCAUAUGUUUAAUUUGUUGCAGUUGAUAUUUGUCUUAUUCUGUUUAAAUAAUAAGGUAUCAAAAUUGAAUUAUAAGAAAUGCA